AAAGCUACCACGGCGCGGACAUCGAAAGUUUCGGCAACGGAAGAGCCCAACGACGAGCAGCAGCAGCUUCUCGGUGGAGAGCAGUCUUCUGAUGAAGAUGGGACCGGCCAUGGACGAGGUAACUUCUUGAAGACGCGAUCGCGAAAAGUCGCUGAGUCCCGCCUGCGGACCACGCAACGGCGUGUGGGUUGCGAAGAAAAGACUCUGCGCGUGUUGAGCAAUCUAGGAGCAGUGCUGUGUUGCUGCCUGCGACGACGGAAGGGCAUUGCAGAGCAAGAACGCAGUUUUUUCCGUCGCUACAUGAAGCGUCUAAAGAUGGAGGAAGCGCUAGAAGUCUCGAAUGCUUUAGUGGAUCCAUUAGUCCUGAAGGAGAAAAAGCGUGUCGGCUUGACCCUGCGGCAAGCAACCCUGAACUCCUUGAGGAAAUUUGCCGGAGAUAGGGAUGGGGCCGAUACGGGUGCUCUUGGGGGCGGCGUAGGAGGUGCAAACAGCAAUAAGAUGUCAAAAGACGAUAAUGGUGCAGUAACUAAUACCACAAUUGCAGCAGCGAACCUAGCCAUGGCGACCGCUGCUCUCCCAUCUCUUGGCCAGGACUUACCGUCACUGGAUGCUCAGUUUGCUCGAGGUGGCCGCUGUGAACCCGGGAAGCAGUAUUGUAGAGAGAACGGGCUUGGAGAGAAUGGAGAGGGAGAUAUCAACUAUGGCGCAUCGGGUUCGAAAAAAAACGAUCGAACCGGGAGAACUGGCGAACAAAUGAGUGGAUAUGCAAAUCCUCAACAUUUUUUGGAUAAUCAGUUUCUGUGCCUUAAUGGCGUACACAAAGUUUACCGCGGAAGUGCAGAGGAGCCUGUGCACGCAGUGCGAGGCGUGACGUGGAGUUUUUCGUCAGCCAUGAAGAGUGAAGAAUUAUCUGCCUCUGAGAAAAAUAAUGCGUUGCCGGGUCCGUCUGGAGCAAAUGCACAGCAACAGCUGACCCCAGAUGAACGUUGGCAUUUAGGGUUGGACGCGGGAUCGCAGCCUGCUAUUUUUGGGCUUCUAGGACAUAACGGGAGUGGCAAGUCCUCUCUCCUGAAGAUGAUCCUCGGGGGCGAAGCCUUAUCAGCCGGACAAAUUCAUGUCCUGGGGUUAGACGCGACGAAAGAUAGAGACUUGAAGAAGAUUCGCCGCUUAGUCGGUUAUUGUCCGCAGAGAAAUUCCGUCCUUUUCCCUGAUUUGACGGUUGAGGAGAACUUGAACCUUUUCUUUGCCUUGAAGCGAGCGAGCAAGAGCAACAACGUGGAAGAGCAUCAGCGAAAGCUACAAGGUGCUGGUGCAGGUAGUGCAUCUUUUGUUUCAACCUCCAAGGUAACCUCACCGCUGGCAACCACAAGUGGUAGGUUUCAUGACGAUCGGCGGGCACAAGUAGAUUUCUUGCUAGAGAAGUUGAAGCUGGAGCAUUACAGGACCUAUUUUCCAACAGAGCUUUCAGGCGGAGUACAAAGGAAAGUCAUGGUGGCAGUGGCUCUACUGGAUUUUCCACAAGUAUUGAUGCUGGACGAGCCAACAACAGGCGUAGAUCCAGUGGGAAGACGGGAGAUGUGGAGUUUCUUUCGCGAAUUUGCAGCAAAUGUUGAUGGGAACAAAGGAGCGUCAUCCGAGAAUAAGAAUUCCACCGGUCGUAUACUCGAAGGGAGUUCAUCUUUUGAGGAAGGUGCCUCAGCAGGUCGUGGCGACACGGAUAUCGCUAUUUCUGGUCCCAACGCAGAUAGAGAAGGUACUUUCGCAGCAGAGCAAAAAAAGAGGUUUAUUUUCCUCACAACGCACCUCAUCGAUGAGGCUGAGUUGUUGUGCUCGCAGGUGGCGAUUCAAAGUGAGGGCCGCUGGACACAUCUGGGGACACCCGAGUAUCUGAAUAUGGUGCCAGAAUACUGUGUGACGCUACGUUUGCGUCCUGAGAUAGCUUCUCGAGAUCUCGUUCGGGGUGUCUUCGACCGCAAUUUGCCGGAUGUGAUGGCCUUGACUUGUGCCCAAGGAUCUUCAGGGACAAGAUCGAGUUUUCCCUCCAUCUUUCAGUCUAUCUCGGGGCCUCCAGGGGCAUCCGAUCAACAAACUUUGCCGAGACAGAACAGUGACGUGGCAGAGGAGUUGGGGUACGAGGACAUGCUGGUCAGUACACGAAAGACGUCAGGUAUGCGACGGGCGAACUUAAACGCUGCAGCAUCAAUCACACAGCAACCUCCUGGUCAACAGGAACCCUCAUCGAGUUCUUCUGGUUUCGCUUCAUCAGCGUCAAGUUCAUCAUCCAAUAUUCAGCCAGCUUCAGGAGCCGAGAUGUCCGGUCUACCGCAGCAUGUUAAACAAGGCAAUCCUGAUUCAUCGAAAUCGGACUGUGCUCCGAUCGAAGAGCCUGUAACGCUGUAUCUUCAUUCGCAUCCUGCUUUGAAGUAUUUGCUCCGACGUUGGAAAAGCGCGCUCUUCUUAGAGAAAGAAGCUGAAGUUGUGGCCGGUCCACUGGGAGAACCAGUGGCACCAUCUGAGUAUAGAGUUUGCUUGCGACGGGAGAAAGAAAGUGCGAGCAUAUGGUCCGCGUCGAGCGAAACAACUCGUGAAAAACUAGGGACAAGCUCGACUUUUAGACUCGAAUUGACAGAGGAUCCCGCAUCUUGGACGACAUCAGAUAAUGCUCAUCCUUCGAUAUCCUCGUCGUCCUCUUCCACGAGACCUGGUGAGCGCUGGGUCAGAAGCAAGUUUUUCAACAGGAAUUUGAACUCGAUGCUGGCUCGUGCAGCAGCCUACGGAUCGACAAGUUUUUCCUCUACCUGCAAGGAUGCAGCAGAAACUGACUUCGAACGAUUUUUGCGAUUGGCAGUGGGCGCUAGGAUGCGUCACGACGCAGUUGAGGCUCUACAAAACGCCCUACGGGAAGUUCUGGAGGAACGUCGCAAAGAGGAUAUGGAUGUAUCCGCGAAAAAAGGAAAUGAAAAUGAUGCUCAAGCUGCCGAGAACAGCGAAACUAUACCAGCUGCAACCGAAACUCGGAGCAAACGCGCGAGAAAUUUCGUUUCCGCGAUGACCUGCGCGCCUCAGAUCAUUACGAAUUCACCCGCGUUAUCGACUACAUCUCCAACAGACUACUGUUUAAGCGGAACUACAAGUUUGCCUCAAAACAAAGAUCACGAGGCUUUGCUCAAUGAUAUCGAGGAAGAGUUAGACCAAGGUCUUUUCCGUUUGCACAUUAAGGGACUAGAGUGCCCGGCAGUCCUCUUCGAAGCCUUGGAAAGGGUAAAGGCAGAAUGCGACUUCUUUGUAGCGGAAUACUCAGCCUCUGCGCAUCGCGGACUGCAGAAAGCAUUCGAAUAGAGGAGUCAUAUUGAUAAAGAUUCUGAAGCAAAAUGCUUUGUGCCUAUUAUAUAUAAGGGGUUACAACAUAGUUUUAGAGAAUGGAUGAUCGAUUUUGUUUUGUGAAUAUAGCUAAGUUCAUGAAUAUAAAGGCUUUGCUUAGAAUCAAUGCUAUCACUAACUUCUGUGAUUCGUCGUUUUGUAAUAAUGCCGCUCAUCGCUGUUCCGCAACUGAUGAAUAAGUUUAUGUCAACAUGAAUGAUGUCCUUGAUCUUGUUGUCCUUCAAGAUUCUUCAAUAACAAGCGGUUAGUAGUUUAUUUAAACUUUAUUUCUCAUUUUCUUCUGAUGAUAGACACUAAUACUUCGCUAUUCAUCCCAAAACCAUGGCUCAGCACCACCAUCUCUUUCUUUUUCAUCUUACUCUUCUAAUUAAGAAGACUCUGGAAAGUUUGGUUGAGUUUACAUAUAUAUAAGAUUCAUGCGACCAUAUCUAAGCGUGUUUGGUUGGAAAAAAGUACAAUUAGUGAGUUAGAGUUGUUUGUUGCUUCUGCACGAGCAUCGAAGGGGAGGUGUAGCUUCUGCAGGACCAUAGUAUGUAGAAGAAUAAACUCAAUGAUCUUUUGAAUCUAGUAGUGUCACAGGAUACUAUCUAAUCUUGACUUCAGGCAGCAGCAGGUGCAGUGGAGAUACUGCAAGGAGGCUGCCCAGGCAAAGGAAUCAAUGCCCGAAAUUUCCGAUACAUUUUUGACUAGUUGUAACGUUUUUUCGUUGUCAAAUCAUUGAUCGUGUUGUGUAAGUUUUUCCUUCAGAGACGGCCCCCGAUAUAUGACUGAGUUACCCCCAAAACCCUAAGUCAGUCUCCGCUGAAUGGGACCUAUUCAGUCUCCCCUCGGGGACUGACAUGGCAUGUGUAGAAUAUUCGCUGAGCUUGAUAUCUGAUAGACAGGGGAGGCUCUCCGUCUGUCAUCAACGGCUGUCACAUAAAGUGUCUAACAAGCAUAAUUAGCCACAGGUACUCGUGUUAAACACGUGUAGUUGAUUUCGAAAUUACUGAAAACAUAUGCCAUUCGAAAACGGAAUUGAAUGCACCCUGUCUCCCUUGUAGUCUGUUUCUUUUCCUCAACUUUUUGGUUGACAUGCUUCUGUACAUGCAUUCAGCUGCUGCAUAACAGUUUGGAUAUCCAAUUCAAACGACAAGAUUACUUCUGAUAGUACGGAAAGGAAGAACAGGGCGAAGC